AUGGAAGGAGAUCGUAUUUUCGAGUUUGAUGAUUGGCGUAAUUCGAUGAGCUAUUGGAAAGGAGAUUUUCAGUAUAAGGAAACAAUAAAAAGUUUCUUGUCGAACACGCAAUGGAAGAAGUUGAGGGAUGGUGUUUUCGGAAACUUUUUCCGAUUACAAGGUGUGAAGUUCUGUGGUAGACUUAUUCGUUGUGCGUUGCUUUCAGAAAUUAUAAGCAAUGACUCGCAUUCAAUGACAUUCAAGGUUUUUGAUCAUGAAGUGAAGUUUACACGUAAAGCGUUCCAGAUAAUUACUGGGGUGAAAUGUUCUUCUUCAGUGGACUUCAAAGUUUUAUGUGAAAGAGAGAAUAGGCUUUCGAAAGUCUACCUCCCUGGAAAGGAUAGAAUCGAGUUAGGUGAUUUGUGGUAUUUUAUUACUAGUCACCCAUAUGGUACAACUGCAUCAUUUGUAGGCAGCCAUGACGAUGCGGUGAAGUUGGCAACAAUUUAUUUUGUUGAAUCUGUGUUGAUGGGGAAGCGCAAGAAUCGGAAUGUGUCUGAGCGGGUAAUGAAAAUCGUAGAUGACGAUGCACUCUGCUCUUCUUUCAAUUGGGGCUCUCUUUGUUAUGAAAAAUUACUAAAAUCAUUGAAGAGCUGCUUGAAUCCCAAACAAAAUACUUCAGACAAUGAGAAUGAGAAUGAGAAAGAGAAAGAGAAAGAUAAAGAGAAGGACAGUUAUACUAUACUUGGCUUCCCUUUCGCAUUCUGUAUUUGGAUUAUGGAAGUAUUCCCAAUUUUUCAGGAAAAACAAUUUGUGAACUUCAGAGAAUUUGUAUCAGUUGCUCGAGAUGGUACCAUUUCUUUCUUCUGA